GUCCGCGGUGACGUCACGCUCCGGCUCCCACUGCUUUUCGGGUCGCACUUUGGACUCGCGACGGGGGGACGAUUUUUCCCAAAGACCCACCGCCGCCGACCACUUCAUCCGCUACCGCAGGAAAAGAAAUGGGCAACUGUCAACCCACAGUUUUUCCCUACGAGGAAUUUGACGUGGUGGCAGACAUCAAGGCCAUCCGCAAAGCCUGCAAAGGGUUCGGAACCGAUGAGCAGGCCAUCAUUGACAUCCUGGCUAACCGCAGCUCAGCGCAGCGGCAGGAAAUCAAGGCGGCUUAUUUUGAAAAAUACGACGAUGAACUGGUGGAUGUGUUGAAGAGUGAACUAGCGGGCAACUUCGAGAACGCCAUCCUGGCCAUGCUGGAUCCGCCCGUCGUCUACGCCGUGAAGGAGCUCAGGAAGGCCAUGAAGGGACCGGGAACCGACGAGGACGUCCUGGUGGAAAUCCUCUGCACCGCCACCAACGCUGACAUCGCCUUGUUUAAGGAAUGCUACUUUCAGGUGCAUGAGCGUGACCUGGAAGCGGAUAUCGAGAGCGAUACGAGCGGAGACGUUAGAAACCUCCUCAUGGCUCUGCUGCAGGGAAACAGAGACGAGACUUACGAUGUGGACGAGGAUCUGGCGGAGCAAGAUGCCACCGCUCUGUUCGAGGCCGGCGAGGGUCGCUUUGGGACGGAUGAAUCCACCUUCAGCUACGUCUUGGCCAGCAGGAACUACCUGCAGCUGCAGGCCACCUUCAAGAUAUAUGAGCAGCUUUCUGGUACUGAAAUCCUGGACGCUAUUGACAACGAAACGUCUGGAACACUGAAGAAAUGCUACACUGCUCUUGUCAGAGUGGCUAAAAACCCGCAGCUGUACUUCGCCAGGCGUCUGCACAAAGCCAUGAAGGGAGCAGGAACAGAUGAAGACACCCUGAUCCGGAUCAUCGUGUGCCGCUCCGAGUUCGACUUGGAGACGAUCAAAGACAUGUACCUGGAGAAGUACGACGUGUCUCUGAAGGACGCCAUCCGGGACGAGUGCAGCGGCGACUUCAAGCGCCUCCUGCUGGCCAUUUGCCACUAGCAGCUGCAGGAGUUUCCAUCUAGCCGACUGAAACUCCUCAGUCUCUGCUAUUAUAAUUAAUCUCCCUUAUACCAGGAUCCAUUUUUAGCUCUUAACAUUUAGAACAACACUAAGAUUUCUGUGUUUGUAGUAAAAGUGAAACCCCGCUGAUGUCACAGUGAUGUCAUAAAUCACCUCUUCACUGCUGCUACCACUUAUGCAAUCACGUCAUCUGGAAUGAAGUUUCUGUUUCUUCUUGAAGGUUUUGACUGUUAAUGAAGGAACUAUCAUGAAAGAAACAAUGAAGUCACUUUUGAAAUGAUCAUAA